AUGGCGGGAAUCUCACAGUCCUCUCCCGAUGAUGACCCUGGUCCCGAGCCCGGCGGCAUCGGCUCGGCCUCUACGGCGGCACCUGAGCCGGUGGAAUCCGCUUCCGAGCCAACAUCCGGCUCCGACACGGCCGGGACAAGCAUGCCUUCCGAGGCCGCAGCUGCAGCCGCCCUAAGGAAAGAGAAAGGCCGCGUCCGAUUUAACAGCAAUGCGGCCGCGACCAAGCCUCCUACAUCACCACCAGCAGUCCCAACUACACCCAAGCUUGCUCCGGCACAGCCUACCAGACCAUCUAUCCUACGAGGUGGUUCCGGCAGUUCCAUUCCUACCGUGGCUACUUUCGCCAAAGAGGAACCCCAUCCGCCGGAUGAGAAUGAACGCCAAGAGGCCAAGUCUGCCGCGGCAGCUGCUCAAGAGCGAGCCCGGCAGAUGGCUGAGAAUGUUCACUUCGGCUCGCCGACGCGCGAAAACCGAGACUCACUCGAGUCCGCUACUACCACCACCGCAAGCGAGUAUGACCUCGGAGGAGGAGAGGGAGCCGGAGGAUACAUUGCUCUCCAAGAUCUCCAUUCCCGCCAGCCACUCAAUGGCGAUUCAGCCGAGGCUGAGAAGAAAGCUCACGAGCACCAUGCCGCCCUGAACGACGAGGCUUACAAAAUUGUAAGAGCUCACACCUGGCGCCUCGCCGAGAAACCCGAGAGCGUCGCCGGUCCAUCCAACGCCCAGGAAGCAGACAUCCACAAGGUCACCGAGCAUCUCCUACAAGAGAUCAACGAUGGUCAAUACGAUGGUGUUUACUCUGUCCCUGCGCCCACGGAGUACCGCGGUAGCGUUCUUUCGCAGCUUCUAAAGCUGUACAAGCCUGCGGAAUCAGGCAAUCAGUACCAGUCGUCCGGGCAGACCAAUCGCAGCUCCGUCACCUCUUUCUCCUUUGGUGGACCGCUGCCGGGAGCGGGCACGCCGGGCUCCAACUCAGGCACCGCGACCCCCACGACGCCCAAGAAGAAGAAGUGGUACGAGGCAAACCGCUCCCAGGAGACCCUCGUCAACCUCAUCGAAGCCUCGGCCCGCCUCGCCAACCCUAAUACGCAAGGAAAGACUGACGAGUCACCCAAGAAUGGCAAGGCGGCUGGUAAAAAGACGCGGCCGAAGCAUAAGCGAACCGCCAGCAACUCCAUCGCUGCGUACCUAGCCAGACAAGAAGAGGAGGCCAAGAUUACUGUCCACAUCGCUGAGACGCUUUCCAGACAGGAGUAUAUCAUCACACUCUGCAAGGCUUUGAUGCUCUUUGGUGCACCAACGCAUCGUCUCGAGGAGUACCUCAGCACAACGGCCAAGGUCCUUGAGAUUGAUGGUCAUUUCCUGUAUCUCCCAGGAUGCAUGAUCAUCUCUUUCGACGAUCGGUCCACCCAUACAACCGAAGUCCGCAUCGUCCGCGUAGCCCAGGGUAUCGACCUCGGAAAGCUCAGAGACGCGCAUCACGUCUAUAAGGAAGUCAUUCACGAUGUCGUCAGCGUCGACGAGGGCAUUCAACGAUUGGACACCCUCAUCAAGGUCAAGGACAAGUUCCACGCCUGGAUCCGAGUUCUUGUCUUUGGUCUAACCAGCGCCACGGCUGCCCCCUUCUCGUUCGGCGCUCGCAUGAUUGAUCUCCCGCUAUGCUUCUUCUUUGGCUGCCUCGUCGGUUUUCUGCAGCUCAUCGUGGCUGCCAACUCCAAGCUAUACAGUAACGUCCUCGAGGUGACGGCUACCGUCCUGGUAAGUUUCUUGGCACGAGCCUUCGGCAGUAUCAAGGGCGGCGAGCUCUUCUGCUUCUCGGCCCUGGCCCAGGGAGGCAUCGUCAUGCUUCUACCUGGAUACCUACUAGGACAAGCCGCUGAUGGCCCAGUGUGUUCCGCCCUCGAGCUCCAGUCCCGCGCCAUCGUCCCCGGUUCGAUUCGCAUCGUCUACGCCAUCAUUUACUCCCUCUUCCUCGGCUUCGGCAUCACGAUCGGCGCUGUCCUCUACGGCAUGUUCGACGAAAAUGCCGUCUCCACGACAAGCUGCACCAACUCGAUCCCCACUUACUACACCUUCAUCUUCGUGCCCCUUUUCGUCCUCUGCAUCAGUGUCCUGUAUCAGGCUAAAUGGCGCCAGAUGCCUGUCAUGCUCGUUGUUGCCUUCGCCGGCUACAUUGUCAACUACUUUAGUAGUUUGCGCUUCAGCGCCGCACCACAGGUCGCCAAUGCCCUCGGCGCGCUUACUGUUGGUGUCCUGGCGAACCUGUACUCGCGUCUGAGGCACGGCGUCGCGGCAGCCACACUCAUUCCGGCCAUCUUCACGCAGGUGCCCGGAGGUCUGGCGUCUACCGGAGGAUUGCUGAGUGGUCUGAGUGCGGCCAACGCAAUCACCAACUCGACGCACGCCGUCAAUGGCACAAGCUCUGUUCAAUACUCUGGAGGCGAGUCCCUGAAUACGGUCGUAUUCAACGUCGCCGCCUCCAUGAUCCAGAUUGCCAUCGGUAUUGCCGUUGGUCUGUUCAUCAGCGCGUUGAUCAUCUACCCGCUCGGCAAGCGCCGCAGCGGUCUGUUCAGUUUCUGA